UCCAGGGAGGGAGGGGGGAAGAAGGCGAAAAAGUUUUGCACAAGUUGUGAAGUUGGUGUCAGGGGAGCCGCUAGCCGGGCGGUGGGAGCUGCCCCUCAGCAGGAUGGACGCGCUGAAGUCUGCGGGAAGGGCCAUCAUCAGGAGUCCCAGCAUUGCCAAGCAGUCCUGGGGAGGAGGGCGGCACAAGAAGCUUCCUGAAAACUGGACUGAUACCAGGGAAACUCUUUUAGAAGGAAUGCUGUUUCAUCUGAAGUAUUUGGGCAUGACCUUGGUGGAACAACCAAAAGGGGAAGAAUUAUCUGCAGCUGCAGUGAAGAGGAUUGUAGCAACAGCCAAAGCAAGUGGGAAGAAACUACAGAAGGUGCUUUUGAAGGUCACUCCCAGAGGCAUAAUACUUUAUGACAGUGUCACCAACAAGUUGAUUGAAAACGUGUCAAUUUAUCGAAUAUCCUAUUGUACAGCAGAUAAGUUACACGACAAAGUUUUUGCCUACAUUGCCCAGAGCCAACAGAACGAAACCUUGGAGUGCCACGCUUUUCUCUGCACAAAGCGGAAAAUGGCACAAGCAGUUACUUUAACAGUUGCACAAGCUUUUAAAGUGGCAUUUGAAUUUUGGCAAGUUUCCAGAGAAGGUAAAGAGAAGAGGGAAAUAUCUGGCUCUGAUGGUGAAGGCACAAGUAGUUCUCAGUCAGAAGGGUCAUCGAGUAUUGCUAGCCUUAAAGGAGCUACAGGUAAUCUGUUAGACUUGGAAGAAGCAACCAAAACAUUUGAUGUAUUAAAUGCCAGUGACCAUCACUUUGAAGGUAUAUUUGGUCAAAAUGCCCCCAACGAGAACAACAAUGUAAUGUGGGAACUUGAUGAUGGACUUGAUGAGGCAUUUUCCAGACUUGCAGAGUCCAGGACCAACCCUCAGGUUCUCGACAUCGGAGUGACUGAGAAUGAUAUCCAGCCUGAUGAAUGCUUCUCCCCUACUACUUGGGACAGAAUGGAGUUGAACCCUGCAGAUGGAGAUGAACUGUUUACAUUCUGACAUUGAUAAAUUGGUCUUCUGGUUUUCAGUGCAAUAGUCCCUACAAGAGCAAAUAAAAUAUCUGAUAAUGAAUGUAUUUGACGUGGGACCGUAAAACCAAAGCUUUAACAUGUCUUAUUUUCCACAAUAUAAUGGAGGAAAGUUGACUAGUGAGAGAAAUUAUAUAUUUUUACAUACAGUGGCAUGCCGUGGCUUUCUCUUUCUGGAAUAACAAGUUGAAUAACAUUUCAUUGUAAACCCAUAAAGAACUUGCAUUUGAACUGUUUGGAAAUAUAAUGUUACAACAACUUUUUGCUUCAGUAUUUAAGCUUUUUUUUUUUUUUUUUUUUUUUUUUAACUUUUGGCUAAUCAGCCAACUGUAAUCAAAGAUAUGAUAUACAUUUGCUCUGGUCAUUCACAAGCUCAUUUUUUGUUAAUUUUAUUUUUUUCCUAGUCUUCACGUUGAUAUACAGUAUUUUUGACAAUUUUUUUUUAUACACUUACAUUACAUUAUCGCACUUCAGUGAGGACUGCACUUAUAAUUUUUUAAUUUUUUUUAUGAACGAAAUGGAGACUGAAAUAUUCAUCCUGCUUGCAUGCUUUAUAUUUUUUUUAAUUUAUGUUUAAUACUGUGCUGGUGAAUGUGUGUUUUUGGGAAUUCGGCAUAUACAAAGGAGUUAAUAUUUCAAGUGUUCUAUGUCUAACUUGCACAGUCUUACUGAUUCAAUUCUUCCCAUUAGAAUUUUUUUUUUUUUUGGGCACCUUCAUAUAAUAUAAAGGACCAUCUCAUGUGGAGCUGGUGACAGGAUUAACACUAACAUUUGCACAAGUAAAUCCGUUACAAUUUUUUGAUCCAACUACUCAUUUUUUCAAACACUGAAUGCUUAAAACAGAUUCCUUCACCCUUCCCAAUUUAUGUAACUGACGAGCAAAAAAAAAUUCAUAUUCGGACUAUUCACUGGAUAUUUUUGGGUGGUCUCAUUAUCUGUGUUGUAAAAAUUGAAGCCUGUGUAUGUUCUUGACUUUAGUUUUGUUAUGCUGAAAUCCUUGCGAUAGAAGUAACUUACAAUAUUUUCUAAAUGUGCAUUGUAAUACAACUUUUUAUUACUUGAAUGUAACAUAAGACAAUCAUUCUAGAAUAUAUUCUGCUUAAAACCUAAAAUUUUUAUA